AACAUAACCGAGGGAAAAACCCUACCUGAACUCGGGCUCCGCCGCUUACCUCGCCGCCGGGAACAGCGCCGUCCUCUCGCUGGUGGUGGCAAUCAGUAGAAGACGCGACGUCUUCCCAUGAUUUCUGCUUCUUGGUUUCUGAGAAGUAAGAGUGUCGGAUUGUUCCGUGGAUUGAUUUCUUGGUGCGGUCGUCAAGGAAUUCCUCUUUCUAAUCCGACAAGGACAUCUUUGGUGGGGUCCAGGAAUGGAUAUUACUUGAUGAAUUGGACAUCACAUAUGCAUAGAUGUACAUGCAUUUCACGUCUUUCAAUGUGUACAUGUUCUGGUCCGAGAGGAUACAAGGAUAUGCCAUUUUCAUCUUGCGUUCUGGUAUCUUCUUUGAUUUAUCACAAACCAAUCAUAUAUAAUCCUUUUAACCCACAAAGGUGGCAGUCAAUCAGAUUUAGGAGCAAUGCACUAGUGACUCUUAACACAGAUGAUGAUGUGGCCAGAUUUUCCGUCGGUAUACCAAAUCCCAAACCAGGAUUUCAAUCAAGGCCAACGAAAAAGCGAAAGAUGAUGUCAAGAAAAGCAAAACUAAAUGAGCUCAAAUGGUAUCGAUUGAAGGCAAAAAAGAAGAUGAAGUCGCCAAAUCCUGAAGUUAGAAUUAGGUACAAGCUUGAAAAGGCAAAAAGAAAAGAAGAAUGGUUGAUUGAGAAGCUGAGGAAAUAUGAGAUUCCGAAAGCUCCGGAGCAAGUACAUGAUCCCGAAAUCCUCACCGAAGAAGAGCGGUUUUACCUAAGACGAACCGGUGAAAAGAAGAAGAAUUAUGUUCCGGUCGGGCGGCGAGGAGUGUUUGGCGGUGUGGUUCUCAACAUGCAUCUCCACUGGAAGAAGCAUGAAACAGUAAAAGUAGUCUGCAGGCCUUGCAGACCUGGCCAGAUCCAUGAAUAUGCCCAAGAACUGGAGCGGCUCAGCAAAGGUACCGCGAUCGACGUAAAGGCCAACAACACCAUCAUAUUUUACCGGGGGAAGAACUAUGUGCAACCUGAUAUAAUGUCACCUCCUGGGACACUUUCUAAGCAGAAGGCUCUGGAGAAAUAUAGAUUCGAGCAAUCUCUGGAGCACACCAGUGAAUUCAUCGAAAAGCUGGAGCAGGAACUGGAGGAGUACCAUAAGCAUGUUGCGUUGUAUCAGAAGAACAAAGAGAUUACCACCAAAAGCACGGCCGGCGAAGAAAAGUAGCACUCUCAAAUCCGCGAAACAGUGAUUGAUUUGUUCUCUGCCUCAUCUUUUACCGGAAACUGUUCCUUAAAAUUCCAUUUCGAAACCGAUCGGUGUGUUUAAGAUAUCCGCUACUCCUACCUUUGUCUUC